AUGAGCGCGCGUCGCACGCUUCGCGCGCGCGCCUCUCGCCAACACGCGCACAGAUUCGCGCUUCUCGUGCUGCCCGUUGUACUCACUAUCGCUCAAAUACGGGGCGAGCGUUUGUCGGCCGUCGAUCGGCUCGAGAACGUCACGCAUACCGUAACACGUAUAUUGGACGGGUACGACAUCCGCUUACGGCCUAAUUUCGGAGGCGACCCUCUGUACGUUGGCAUGGAUCUGACGAUCGCAAGUUUUGAUGCUAUAUCAGAGGUUAAUAUGGAUUACACAAUAACGCUUUAUCUGAAUCAGUACUGGAAAGAUGAAAGAUUGGCCUUCGGUCUACCGGAUGAGGUCCUGACUUUAUCGGGGGACUUCGCCGACAAGAUUUGGGUGCCAGAUACGUUUUUUGCUAAUGACAAAAAUAGCUUCCUCCACGACGUGACGGAGCGCAACAAACUGGUGCGACUUGGCGGCGACGGGAGCAUCACCUACGGCAUGCGCUUCACAGCCACCCUGGCCUGCAUGAUGGACCUCCACUACUACCCGCUGGACAGCCAGAACUGCACCGUCGAGAUUGAAAGCUAUGGGUACACGGUGUCCGACGUGGUCAUGUACUGGAAGGAAACGCCGGUGCGGGGCGUGGAGGACGCGGAGCUUCCGCAGUUCACUAUACUGGGACACGAGACUAAUGACAGAAAGGAGAAAUUGGCGACGGGCGUAUAUCAGCGGCUGUCGCUGAGCUUCAAGCUACGAAGGAACAUCGGCUAUUUCGUAUUCCAGACUUAUUUACCGAGUAUACUUAUCGUGAUGCUCUCGUGGGUGUCUUUCUGGAUAAACCACGAGGCUACUUCAGCCAGAGUUGCUUUAGGCAUAACCACAGUGCUAACGAUGACGACGAUUAGCACGGGAGUUCGAAGCAGCCUCCCUCGUAUCUCCUACGUGAAGGCGAUCGACAUCUACUUAGUGAUGUGCUUCGUGUUUGUAUUCGCUGCGUUACUCGAGUACGCCGCAGUAAACUACACGUACUGGGGCGCGCGGGCCAGGAAACGUGCGAAGUUAAAGAACCGCGAGCAGAUGUCUACUAGCACGAGUGUGGAGAAGGACUUGAAGUGUUCUACGGGUUCACGGUCUCCCGAAGAGAUCAUAGCCCUCCGAGAGUGCACAAGCAGCGCCGGGCGAGUGUCCCCACUGCUGGGACUGCGCUCGAAGCCGCUGCCCGCGACCACGGGGGCGCCGCCCUCGCUCCGCAUCCAGAGGGACCACACGCAUCUGCGGUACCGCACGCGGCCGCAUUCCAGAACUUCCAAAAACGGUUCUACAGGCAAGCCGAAAAUGAUCCACGCCCUGCGUCGUGGAGCCACUGUUAUCAAAGCGUCCAUGCCAAAAAUUAGAGAUGUUAAUGUCAUUGACACAUAUUCACGCGUGAUCUUCCCUGUCUGCUUCCUCGUAUUCAACGCGGUUUACUGGGUCUUCUACAUUAUUGACUAAUUAUAAA